AUGUCCGUCUCAGCAAACGAAGUCACACGUAUCGAACCAUCGCAGCAAUCACUCGACGAAGUUGGGACUUCUAUGAGUGUGCCCACUCAGGAAUCCCAAGUCAGUCCUCCAGGCCAAAUACAGCAGUUGAUUCUCAACACCCUUGAGAGUCAAGGAACAAUCUCCACCAGUGAUUCAAGUCGAAUGAUCCAAAUCUGUACAAGGUUCGAGAAGGAGAUCCCUGGAGAGUCUCCGACUAAGUGGAAGGUUGAGCAAUUGCAGACGCGAAGGGACAGUAUUCAAGAUAACAAACAGAAGUCGGCCAACGACCCCACCCAGGCCUAA